AUGGAGUACUUCUUGGAAAAGCUGCGAAUGUCCCGUUCUACCAAGGAUGACGAGACUCCUCCCCCGUCGCCUUACGCAGACCAGCAGCGAAGGCCGUCGAGGCUCCUUGGCUGCCAGCUUCACUACCCAUCGCCUACCUUCAUCGACAGGGUGCUCUUGGCCCGGUCGCUCAAGGUGCGACGCACGGAAGGUGAAGGCGUGGCUGAGUUCAGCAACAGUGAGUUUGUUCAAGAGUGCCUGCGUACACACAACGAACUCAGGCUCCGGCACGAGGUACCUCCGCUGCGGCUCUGCUCCAAG